AUGGCUUCGGCCAUUAAUUUAAAUAUUAGUACUGAAGAUCUAAAAUUGUCAAUAUUUGGAAAUUUUCUUCUGCUGGAUGAAACUUGUAAAUCUUCAAUAACAUUGAAUAAUUUGAAAAAUUCCGAGUAUAAAAACAAUCGAUGUAAUAAUCAACUCAAUAAAUCCUCUUCUGGAGUCGAAAUUGAACUGGAUGAAGUAUCAGCGAGCUGGAGGAUCAAUCAUCCACUGCAAAUUUUAAAUUCUAUAACAUUGAAAUUCAAAAGUGGAGAAUUGUGUGCAGUAGUUGGUCCAGCUGGCUCUGGUAAAUCUUCAUUACUCAAUUUGCUGUUGCAAGAGUUACCAGUUGAUGCCGGGACGGUUAGACUCUUUCAGAUGAAAAAUGAAGUGUCAGUUGAUCUUAGAACCAUGCUUGGAUUCGUACAAAGCAAACCUGAGAUAACGAUAUCUUACGCAAGUCAAGAUCCAUUGCUUUUCUCAGGAACUAUUAAAGACAACAUUCUCUUUGGGCUUGAAUAUGAUCAUGCUCGUUAUCAAGAGGUUUGCUUUUUAGUAAAAGAUUUUAAAGAGCUUCCCAAUCGUGACAUGACUAUUGUUGGAGAAGGUGGCAAAUCUCUUUCGAUAGAUCAAAAAACUAAAGUCAAUCUCGCCAGGGCAAUUUACAGACAAGCUGAUUUAUAUCUUUUGGAUGAUAUUUUUCAUGGAAUUGACGACAAUGACUCAGAGUUUAUUUUCAAUGAAUGUGUUCUUGGCUUUCUUCAAGGAAAAACACGAAUUCUGGUUACUGACCAUAUUGAUUAUUUAAAACAAGCUGACACUAUUGCUGUUAUAGAAAAGGAAUCAAUUAAGCAUCAAGGAACAUUUGUUACUUUGAAAGAGGAAAGCUUUGAAUUUAAUGAAUUGUUACAUACAAUCCAGCAAAACAAAACAACCAAUUACACUAAAAUAAUCACCACAAAUAUGAAUGAAGAAAACGAAAACAUCGAGAUAGAAUUCAAUUUAAUGAAAUCCCGACACACUAACCAGUUUACUUGCCGACAGGAAGUGGUUAAAAUACAAGUUGAGGGUAAAGUCGAUGACAAAGCAAUAUCCAGCACAAAUAACUUGAAGAAAACUAGUCAUCGCCACUUCAACUCAUGUCGAGAAAUUUCAAUUUAUCUGUUACUAUUAGUUUUGAUUAUUUUAUGGCAAUUAGCUACCAUAACUGUUGAUCAAUGGAUGGCUUACUGGACAACUGUUGAGUCAAUCAAAACUUGUAUUCAGGCUCCUAAGUUCAUGUGCAUCAAUCUUCAAAACCAAUUGAAAUCUAUACUUGAUACUAAUAUAAACAAAAAUUUUGUGAAUGAGCACAAGUUAAUAGUACACAAAAACGCGAAAUAUAUUUAUACAGUUUUGAUUAUUACUCUCAUUGGCUUAUUUAUCUCAUCGAUUUAUUUUUCAAUUAACUUUUGCAUAAGUGUUGGACAAAAACUUUACAAUCUAAUUUUUUGUGAUUUUCUUAAAGCCAAAAUGGAGUUUUUCAGUUCACAGUUUUCAGAAAAAACUGCGAGUAAAUUAAUAAAAGAUAUUCAAAUAAUGGAUAAUUCAAUCAUACCGGCAGUGAUACAAACGAUGGUUAUAAUUUUUCAAAUUAUUCUAACGAUAAUAAAUAUUGCUACUGUUUUUCGAUGGAUAUUACUUCCGUUCAUAUUAAUGGCGCCAAUUUUGUUUUAUUUGACAAAAUAUUUUUGUAGAACGAUUCAAAGUAUACAAGAGUUAGAAAAUAAUACUAAGAAUCCAUUGGAUUUGCAUGUCAGAGAAACAUUGCAUGGAUUAACAACCAUCAGAAGUUACAGCGAAAACGUAUUGUUGAAGUUAUGUGAAAAGUUCAAUCAACAUCAAGAAAUGAAUGCCGGAGCACGUUAUAUUCUUAUAUCUAUAAUGUCAGCUUACAACCUUGCUAUUGAAUUACUUUUUUGUAUUUUUAUCAGUUGUGUUUACUUCUUAUUAAUUGCAAAGCAUCAAGACUGUGAGAAUAAUUUUGAUUUUCCAGAAAAUACAUUCAACGAAUCCGUUGGAUUUGCCAUAUCACAAUCGUUAAUUCUGAUGAGCUUAUUUCAAUACGGCACUCAACAAAUAGUCAUUAUUCUAAGUCAAUUAACCGUAAUGAGAAGAAUAAUCCAAUUUAUAGAUACUCCCAAAGAAGGAACGAUUGAAACGCAAAAUCCACCACCAGCGAAUUGGCCAUCAGAUGGACAAAUUAUUUGGAGAAAUAUUUUUAUUAAUAACAGGAGAUAUGGCUUAUCAGUUUUCCAGAAUGCGGAUUUGAUGAUAGAACCAUGUUGGAAGGUUGGAGUAGUCGAAAAAACUAAUGCGGACAAUACAUCAAUAACAUCAGCACUUUUUCGCUUAGUUGACCAAGGCAUGCACGAAGAAAUAAUAAUUGAUGGCUUAGAUAUAAAGAGUGUUGGUCUCCAGGAUUUACGAUCGAACAUAUCGAUUAUUCCAAAAAAUCCCUUUUUAUUUACUGGGACACUAAGAUUUAAUCUUGACCCUUUUCAACAAUAUACCGAUAAAGCAAUAUGGGGUGUAUUAGGGGAAGUUGAAUUAAAUGGCAUCACACUCAAUCAGUGGGUUACUGACGGAGGAAGAAAUUUCAGCAUUAAUGAACGUAAACUUAUUUGUCUUGCCCGAGCAUUGUUACGGAGUAAUCGGAUACUUGUUCUUGAUCAAAUCACCGAUGGUCUUGAUUUAAACACGAAAAUUAUAAUCCAGAGAGUGCUUCAGUCAUAUUUCAAGUAUUGCACAAUAAUAACUAUAACAAAUCAUCUCGAAUCUCUGAUAAGUGGUGAUUUGAUUCUUGUAAUGGAUAAUGGACGAUUAUUGGAAUUUGGAAGUCCAUAUGAAUUAUUAAUAAUGCGAAUCAAUAGUCAUUUUGGUCAAAUGAUUAAAAAGUAUAAUCAGACAAUGGUUGAAUGCAUUAUUCAAAAU